AUGGCCAGUGUCCUGCCACACAGAAAUGUUGCCCAACCACCAGUGGCCAUGCAUGCAGUCAACCAAUCGGUCAGGGUGCCGGUGAGGGAGGUGCCCAGGGGAAGUGGUCAGGGCGCGGGUCACGGCAAGGGUGCUGGCCAGGGUCAGGGAAGCGGCCAGGGUGCUGGCCAGGGUGCCGGUCAGGGAAGCGGCCAAGGCGCUGGUCAAGGUGCCAGUCAGGGAAGCGGCCAGGGCGCCGGCCAGAGCACUGGUCAGGGAAGCGGCCAGGGUCAAGGUUCCGGUCAGGGUGCCGGCCAGGGUCAAGGUUCCGGUCAGGGUGCCGGCCAGGGUGGCGGCCAGGGUCAAGGUGCUGGUCAGGGAGGUGGCCAGGGUGCUGGUCAGGGAAGCGGCCAGGGUGCCGGCCAGGGUCAAGGUUCCAGUCAGGGAAGCAGUCAGGGUCAAGGCGCUGGUCAGGGUGCCGGUCAGGGAAGUGGCCAGGGCGCGGGUCACGGCCAGGGUGCUGGCCAGGGCCAGGGAAGCGGAGUUGGUCAGGGAAGCGGUUACGGCCAGGGAGUUGGCCAGGGUCAUGGAGUUGGUCAGGGAAGCGGCUAUGGUCAUGGAAGCGGUUACGGCCAGGGAGUUGGCCAGGGUCAAGGAGUUGGCCAGGGAAGCGGUUAUGGCCAGGGAGUUGGCUAG